AUUCCAACACAGCAAAGACAGAAACAAACAAUCAUGUCAGUAACAACGAAAGCAACAAUCGCCUCCUUCGGCGGCAAACUCCUCAAACUAAGCCACACUGCCAAAACCACCAACUGCGAAAUGAAUUUCAACCUUUAUCUACCUCCACAAGCUUUCGCUAAUAAAAAGGUGCCAUUGCUCAUCUAUCUGUCCGGUUUGACAUGUACGGCAGACAAUUGUUCGGAAAAGGGCUUCUUUCAGCAUGGAGCGAGUAAAAAGGGGAUUGCUGUGUUGUAUCCUGAUACCAGUCCUCGAGGUUUGAAUAUCGCAGGUGAGGAUGAUGCAUACGACUUCGGCACCGGCGCCGGAUUCUAUGUCGAUGCCACAAAGCCCCCUUACGAUAAAGGGUACAAUAUGUACAGCUACAUAACCGAGGAAUUACCCAAGACCGUGUUUGAGUCGUUCAAGGAUCAGAUUGAUGCCAGUCGAGUUAGUAUUACGGGUCAUAGUAUGGGUGGCCAUGGUGCUCUUACGCUCUUUCUUCGAAACCCAGGAAAAUACAAAUCUGUCAGUGCAUUUGCGCCAAUCUCGAACCCCAUCAAUUGUCCCUGGGGCCAGAAGGCGUUCAAGGGCUACUUUGGCGAAGACAAUCAGGAGAAAUGGAAGGAACAUGAUGCUACGGAACUGGUCAAGAAAUGGAAGGGACCAUUAAAUGUCUUAAUUGAUGUCGGAACCGGCGACAACUUUUACCAACAAGGCCAACUCCUCCCCGAAAACUUCGCCAAAGCCGCCUCAGAAGCCGGCGUGACGGGCGUGAAUAUUCGCUAUCAAGCGGAUUAUGAUCAUAGUUAUUAUACUAUGGCUACAUUUUCCGAUGAUCAUGUUGAGCAUGCGGCCAAGUAUUUGUUUGAGUAGUGCGUUCUCCCCUUCCGUUCUUUUGUUCGGAUUUCUCAGCGGAAGAUGAUGAUCUCUAACUAGGUUUAUCCCCGUAGCAGAAAUCGUACUUUAGAAGCAGGCAAAAAUAAGGAGUCUCGAAUAUAAUGUCCUUGAUACAACUAACGUGGUCUUAUAAAAGAUGAAUACGUAGAGCGAUUGCCUAAUAUACUUGAUCAAAUAUUGAAUUCACUCCUGAACAUCCCCGAGGUCUUCAUUCGUUAAUGUGAUAGUUAACCUUGGAAACAACAGGGUAGACGCUGACAAAGUCACACUCGAGUCCUGAUUCAACUCAUAAGUCACCUAACCAAAGACAUGCCGUAGCUUUGACCGUUUAUAUCUCGUAUUCUCAUUCCUCGCCGCAUCGUAGUAUUAUUCAUCAGUUAUAUCGUAAAGAAAAUAUAUUUUGUGUUGAUAUUUUGUUUCUUGAAAAAGGAAGAAUGUGUUGAGGGCGUAAGCGCCAUGCAAUGCACAUGACAGAAUAUGUACCAAUGAAAACAAUAACAGGGGAAUCUAAGUGGCGCAGGAUGCUUUUUUCACUCUCGCAUCAACAGAACAAGGAGUACGGUCCGGUGAGAUUAGGAUCCGGUUUAGGAGCUAAGGCGCUG